AUGUCGACCAAGAAUAACAAAUACAGUUUUGAGCUUUGCAAACGCAGAGGGAUUAAGGAUGGGCCGCAUUCAAUCAUUACUGACUUCAAGCUGUUAAAGGCCAUGGCAGUAAAGAAGAACAUUGCAGCACGAAGUAAAGAAAAAAGCCAAAAAACUCGAGGGGCUCCUUCAAAACGUCUAAGUGAAGAGGAUAUUCAGCAACACGCCGUACCUCAUCAACUAUAUACCUACGACCAGUUACUGCAGAACUAUAGAAACUUCUUUCUGACUGAACCAUUGAUGAGGUGCUUAGAUGACGACAAAAACAUUGACGAAAGACUAGGAAACGAACUUCUUGUGAGACUACGGGAGGAAGUACUAAGAAGACCACCAAGUAAACGUCCCCGACCUGGCAUACAAAUGAUUUUUGAUAAUCAUCGCCAAGAACUCCAAAUCAGAGCAUUUUGGGAUAACGUUAGGCUGCAGCUUCAAACUGAUGAAGAGGACGAUGAUAGUAAUGAGAGCAAAUCAAAGGCUCUCUCUGAAGAUCCCACCAACAAAGAAUUAGUGGAUCAUGUGAAAUUAAAAGCCCGAGGGCUUCGUUCUUUGAAAUUAGUAACGAAGAUAUAUGGACGUCGUGAUGAUGCGAGAUUUAGUACAUGGCAAGGAGCAACGGGAACAGAAGGCGAGCUUCUCAACUUGCACAAUCAUUUUCACCAAGGCCAAUACCAGGAAGCCAUUGAUUUCGAUACCAGUGCCCUUUCUCCAGAGAAUGCACUCCCGGCGCGAGUUAUAUCACUAAGAGCUCAAAUUGCACUCGGACAAGCUGAGGAUGUGCUCGCAGACGUACAAGGAGAAGAUGCUGUUGAAUUAAAGGCUGUCGGAGCUCUAGCCGUGUUUGUGAGCGAAGAUGAAGACAGGGGCGUUCAGAUGAUCUCGAAAUUGGCUGAGGACUCGAGCGACAAUGCGACAGUGCAGGUAUUGGGCGGAACAGUUCUACAAGCUGCAGGAAAGAGCGAGGAGGCUUUGCAGUUGUUGGGGUUGCACCAGGGUAACCUUGAGGCUGUGGCUCUCAUUGUUCAAAUUCAUCUGGAACAAAACCGUACCGAUUUAGCUAUCAAGGAAGUUCAACAAGCUAGGAGAUGGGCUCAGGAUAGUCUGUUGGUUAAUUUGGCAGAGUCCUGGGUGGGACUUAGAGUUGGCGGAGAGAAAUACCAGCAAGCAUUCUAUGUCUUUGAAGAACUCGCACAAGCUGCAUCAACAUCCUCAACACAAAGUCUUGUCGCACAAGCAAUCGCGGAAAUACAUCUAGGAAGAUUGGAGGAAGCAGAAGCAGCAUUAGAACAAGCUUCCAGCAAGGACCCCGAGAAUGCUGAAGUCCUUGCAAACAAAGUCGUUUUGAACACAAUCUCAGGAAAGGAUUCCAGUGAUUUGUUAAGUUCAUUAGGAAGUACAUCACCAGAACAUGCAUUCUUGAAAGAUUUGGAGGAGAAGAGCUCCUUAUUCGACAAGGCUGCCACGAAAUAUUCUCCAAAGGUCGCCGCUGCAUGA